AUGGCUCAAAGGGAUCAGGGACGAGCCCUUGCCCCCAUGGAUUGCACCAUAGACUCAACACGCCUCUUGGACUUGCCGUUGGAAUGCCUUGAUCAAAUCUUCGGAGACGUCGUUGCGUACGAUGAGGAGAGCGAGUUCAAUUUGAGAGAUGCAACUCGUCUUCUACGUGUGUCGAAGCUAUUCGAGAUCAUUGUCAUGAGAGCCAUCUACAUAACCAAACUUCUUCACAAGAUGAGGCGCAAUCCAGAAGUCGGCAUUCUUGCCAAACAAGACCACUCGCACAUGGCCUCACCCCAGUGCUGCGUGCAACAUCGCGGUAAUGCAAGCUUCUUCCUGGCAAAGUACCUCAUGAUCCAGCCAUAUCGUCAUUUACCGUGGAGUACAAGCCUAGCUACAGUGAUCAACGCCAUCACUGAUAGGACAAUACGAGAUGAUGGCUUGAAUCUCGACAGCGAAGAACGGUACAGACGCAUCCAUCAUCUUUGCAAACAAGCCGUCCAUCUUCCAGAUGCAGUCAAACAUUAUGGAAUUUGGGACCUCUUCAGUGAUCAUUUUCAAAAGCUGCUCUUUCCUUCGGAGACGGAUCCCGUCGUCACAAAUGAGCCCUUCGAAGACCUGCUAUUCCUUGCCAAAUUCUAUUUGCAAUCAGAAGACGCGGAGAGACUUGUACUAUCUCAGAUCCUGAACAAAGGUCCUAAAUCACUAUCUUCUAUUGGGAUGACCAAAUCUCGGGAUGGAAGAUACGCUGCUUCUUCGCUGCUGGGAUCAGUCAUGGAAGCUGCGAUCAGGAGUGGCAGUUCGAACCUCGCUGUUCUUCUGAUUAACUACGAGAUCAAUACUUCACGAGAAAAGAUAACGAAGACGGUCCGAGGAAAGGAGAUAAAGGGCGUCAGAUUCUACGAUAUUUACUUCUGGAGGCUAGCCAUGGCUUUUGACGACCUGGAGACUAUGAGUGCUCUUUUGGAUGCCGCAGACCGAAGAGUACCGAGCAAGGCUUUGGGUCAAAUUCUUCUGGAAGCUGUGUGCGCGCAACAGCUAGAGAUACUCCAAUUGAUAUUGGAUAACCAAAUGCCGCAUCGCAAGAAGGGAACCACUUUCAAAACUUAUUACGGCAGUAACAGGAGGAAUGAAAGGUUAAAACAUGCCAUUGACACAUGUCUCGAGGAGGCCGUCAAACAUGGGCAUUCUAUGGUGUUCAACGUACUUGCACACACGCCUUACGCUCUAGAAAGACACUUUUACCAGCAUUGCUGGAAAAAGAAAUGGGGGUUUGACCCUUCGAUUCAGUCGACUUCAGAUUACUGCCGCCCCGCCAGGUCACUUAUUGAGGUCGCUGCUAGUCGCGGAGAUGAGGUAACCAUCCGUGAGUUGCUCUCCAAAGGACAUGGCCCUUUUGGACUUAGGGACAACGCAAAACCUCACCAUUGGUUAAACCCAUACCACCGCCUCAGCCACCUCCGUGGUCUCAUGCCAAUGAUCGCCGCUGCGAAGAGCCGGCAUGUCGGCGCCGCACUUGCUCUGAUCAGGGGACACUUCAAGUGUGAUGCAGUCAGGUGGCUCUUGAUCAUCGGAACGGUCCUAGAAGGCAGAGACCAACAGCAACCCCACAGACGACAUGUCAACCCGAAACCAUCUUCUACGUCAAAUAUUGAUGCAGACGAUGGACAACGGCGGGUCCAGCGUGACAGAGAUGUCAAAUUCUGGCAGGAGUUGAUCGACGCAGGGGUUCUGGAUCUGCAACAUUCUGCCAAAGGAUGCCAAUGUUCCGAAACACCAAUGGCAAUGGCGGCGACUCAUCCCACCCGUAUGUCAAUAGAGGCUGCCAGAAACUUCGUCUGCGAGCGGCUCGUCAUUCCUUCCGAUGCCGAAUAUCGUGAAUGUGGAGACCAGUCGGACGCUGGAUGGAACACACGGCAAUUUCCCGAGGAUAUAAGAACACCAACUGGUAUUAUAUUGUCCUAG